AUCGUUUCCCUUCCGGUGCACAUCAUGGCGUCGGGUCACAUCUUACUGUCUAUGGGUCACAUCAGCAGACUGGCGAACCUGUGUAACCGAGCAGCGAACACCAGCAGAAAUAUCAGACAGCUCGGAGCAGGAACUUUUCUGUCAUCUCACAACAGAUCUACUGUCAGAGGUUCAUCCAUUAAUGACAGCAGUGAUGUGGAAGUGGCAGUGACAUCUGAUGGAAACACAAUAGUGUGUUAUCACCCGACAGGAGAUGUGCCCUAUGAGCUCACACAGCCGAUCGUCAGGCCGGACGCGGUCAGUGAUCACGCAGAGACGCACGAGCAGGUGCUCAAAGCCAGACUUGGGAAAGAGGUUUUAAAUAAGAAACAGGCCCCGACCGUAGAGGAGCUCAGUAAGAUGUUUUACACCACCAAACACCGCUGGUUCCCCGUCGGACAGUAUCACUCCAGACGCAGAAACCCAAAUCCUCCCAAAGACCGAUAGUCCGGGUUUAUUCUGUCUUCUCUAAUAUUCUUUGUACAUGAACUGCUGCACGUUAAAUAAACCUCCCUUCAGCUA